AUGCGGAAGCUGCUCAACCUCGUGCCGGGCCUCUCGCGCGCGCCGCUGUCCACGGCAAACUCCGCAUGGUCACCUGGACGACAUGCUCCAAUCCCAUUCAUGAAGCUGGCGUACCUGACCACCAACCAAGCCAUCUUGGAGGCCAUGAAGGGGGAGGUGCACCACCAAGCCAUCUUGGAGGCCAUGAAGGGGGAUGUUCGUGCAAGUCGUCGACCUCUCCAGCCCGGCCUCCAACCCAGUUUGGUGGAUCGCGCUCUUCCACGCCUUCCGCGCUCGCUGCACCUGCGGAUCACCGCCGUGCACAACCGCAAGGAGUUCCUCGCCAACAUGGCCGGCGUGCUCGCCAAGGACGCCGAUGCAUUCGACAUCCAGUUCCAGUCCGGCGAGGCGCUCGCCAUUAGCGUGGUGGCGCAGUUGCACCUGCUCCUGGAGGCUGACGACGCGGGUAGGAGGCACGCACACGUCCCGGGCAGCAGCUGCCUGACCCCGGUCCAGAUCAUCGCGCUGUCCAGCCCAGACAGCUUGGGCGAGCUGCUGGACAAGAGCUGA